ACCCCAUCUGGACAUCCGAUAACCAAGGAAGUCAACUUGGCCCAAUUGGAAUGCACGGAUGACAAGCCAGACGAGGUAUCGAAUCAUGUCUCAGACGAUGAGGACCACUCAAAACUUCGCCGAGUUGCUGGAAAGAUGCCCAUGGCUGUAUGGCUGUUGUCUGUUGCCUCGAUGUGCGAACGCUUUGCAUACUAUGCAUUCCUUGGACCUCUGCAAAACUAUGUGCAAAAUCCGCCAAAAGACUCGUUGAGACCAGGUGCUCUAGGAUUGGGCGAAUCCAGAGCAUCUUUGUUCGUCACACUGUUCCUGCUCAUUAGCUAUUUGACACCUACUCUGGCCGCC